AGGAGGAAGGAGGCCGAGCUCAGACCCCAGGCCGGAGGAGAGGCAGCUCGCAGCACCACACGGACCCCGCGCCAGUGCACGAGCUGGGAGCUGCGGGCUGGGCGGCGGAGGCCAGCUCGCCUAGCUGUGCGCCGUGGCCCGGCUCCGCGUUCCCCGGUUUGCACGCCCCUCGCCGCUCCGCGCCUGGCUCGCCCGCAGAGGCUGAGCACGGGCGGGCGGGGGAGGUGAGGGGUGCCGGUGUGAGUGCAUGUGCCUGGCUGGGUGCAUACCCCGCACGGCGGCGGCGGCGGCGGCGGCGCCCGCACGCGGAGCGCUCCCCGGAGCCCGGCUAAUCCUCUCUCGGCUCUGGCUCCCGCGACCAUGUUCCAGUCCACGGCCAAGCGCGGCUUUACCAUCGAGUCCUUGGUGGCCAAGGACGGCGGCACCGGCGGGGGCAACGGCGGCGGGGGCGCGGGCUCCCACUCCUUGGCGGCGGCCGCCUCGGAGGAGCCGCUCCGGCCCACCGCCCUCAAUUACCCGCACCCCGGCGCGGCCGAGGCGGCCUUCGUGAGCGGCUUCCCCGCCGCCGCCGCCGCGGGUGCCGGCCGCUCGCUGUACGGCGGGCCCGAGCUCGUGUUCCCCGAGGCCAUGAGCCACCCGGCGCUGACCGUGCACCAGGCGCACCAGCUGGGCGCCUCCCCGCUGCAGCCCCCGCACUCCUUCUUCGGCGCCCAGCACCGGGACCCUCUGCACUUCUACCCCUGGGUGCUGCGGAACCGCUUCUUCGGCCACCGCUUCCAGGCCAGCGACGUGCCCCAGGACGGGCUGCUCCUGCACGGCCCCUUCGCGCGCAAGCCCAAGAGGAUCCGCACGGCCUUCUCGCCCUCGCAGCUGCUGCGCCUGGAGCGCGCCUUCGAGAAGAACCACUACGUGGUGGGCGCCGAGCGGAAGCAGCUGGCCGGCAGCCUCAGCCUCUCGGAGACGCAGGUGAAGGUGUGGUUCCAGAACCGGAGGACGAAGUACAAGCGGCAGAAGCUGGAGGAGGAGGGACCCGAGUCCGAGCAGAAGAAGAAGGGCUCCCACCACAUCAACCGGUGGCGCAUCGCCACCAAGCAGGCCAACGGGGAGGACAUCGAUGUCACCUCCAAUGACUAGGGUGGGCGGCCGCAGGCCCCUGAGAGCAGAGCGCUGCCAGGGCCCUCGGGGGGCCCCGCUGGACUCACCGCUCCCCGGCCCCUCUGCGGGGAAGCCUCAAGUCACAGCCCCACAGGACUUGGAGCCUGGGGCAACAUCGAGGACGGAGGGACAAGAAAUGGGCUGGCGGAGGCCUGGGACUGCUCGACCUUCUCCUCGGAGAGCCCGCCUGCCUGCCUGCCCAGGCAGGCCCACAGCCACCGCUGCCUCCCAGCUAUUCUCCGUCUCUUUUCGUUUUGAUGCAUUUCUGUUUUAAUUUAUUUUCCAGGCACCCACUGUAGUUCUUAGUGAUUCCCCUGUGUUUCCCUUCCCUGUGGGAACAAUAAAAGUCUCUCUCUUAAUGA